AUCCGCCCAAUCCGCGACUCCCCCCAAAACGAAACACUACCAUCGUCGCUCCUUUUGCGAUUGCUCUUUACUCGACCAUCCGCGGCGUUUCUCCAAUUACGCCCGAGUGUUAGCGCACUCACCUUCGAUACUGCCGGUCUCUGGUCGACUUGUUCCGCAGCGGACUAUCGCAACCAUGCCUGGACGGACGCUCCCAACCUUCACGCUCGCCGAGGUCGAGUCGCACAACUCGACGAAAUCCUGCUUCGUCACGCUGGGGAAUAAUGUUUACGACGUGACCGACUUUAUCGAUUCGCACCCUGGCGGUGGCGACCUCAUACUCGAAUACGCCGGCAAGGACAUCAAAGCCAUUCUCGAGGAUGAAACGUCGCACGCGCAUUCCGAGGCGGCCUAUGAAGUACUCGAGGAGUCGCAUGUCGGCUUUCUUGCUUCCGCCGACGCCAAGGCAGAGCCAACGGGCACUGAGAAGACCAACGGGGCAGCCAACGGCUCGAACGGCAAAUUCGUCCACCCCAGGACGGGCAUGUCCUGCGAGGAGGACCUGACCAAGGAUACGGAUAUCGUCUCGGACUACAAGACCCACAAGUUCCUUGACCUGAGCCGGCCGCUGUUCCCGCAGGUCUGGUAUGGCGGUUUCUCAAAGGAGUUCUACCUCGACCAGGUCCACCGGCCGCGCCACUACAAGGGCGGCGCUUCGGCCCCUCUAUUCGGCAACUUCCUCGAGCCUCUUACCAAGACCGCGUGGUGGGUGGUCCCGCUGAUUUGGCUCCCGCUCGUCUCGUACGGCCUCUACCUCGCAAGCGAAGGGUUCAAGAACCCUCUGGAGGAAGUCCCCUACUUCGCCUUCGGCCUUUUCAUGUGGACACUGAUCGAGUACCUGAUGCAUCGGUUCUUGUUCCACCUUGAUUACUACCUCCCCGACAACCGGGUUGGCAUCACGCUUCACUUCACCCUCCACGGGAUCCACCACUACCUCCCCAUGGACAAGUACCGCUUGGUCAUGCCGCCAGCUCUGUUCAUGAUACUAGCGGCCCCUUUCUGGAGGCUGGCGCAUACCAUCUUCUUCUGGAACUGGCACAUUGCCACGACCGUCUACUGCGGCGGCGUCUUUGGUUACGUCUGCUAUGACCUGACGCACUACUUCCUCCACCACCAGAACCUCCCCUGGUGGUGGAAACAGCUCAAGAAGUACCACCUCGAGCACCACUUCCUCGACUACGAGAACGGCUUCGGUGUCACCAGCCCCUUCUGGGACAAGGUAUUUGGCACAGAGCUGAAGUCAAAGCCCAAGAUGAUUUAGCUGGAUGAAGCACGAGUUAACGACCGGGUUGGGGUACAUAUAUCUUGUAAUGAGAGGCUGGCACACACGUGAAGUACGUGUGCACAAGCCACAACAUGUUCCGGCAAUUCUCACUCGCUAUAUCACGAUCGAAAAACAAGGAAGGAAAGCAAAGAGACAUGCCGUCCCGUUUUGUGGGCCACCGGGCGUCUGCUGCCUUGUUGGGUGCAAGAAAAAAGGGUCCAAGAGUACACCAGGGGCGCGGAUCUCCUCUUACUAAUAAGGCCGGUUGUUGAUGGCAUGUUCUUAGGGAGAAAUAAUUACCUAAUGCUAAUCUUGUGAUUCUUUUUUUGUUAU